CCUCAAACCCAUCUUUUCUAUUCAGAAUCAGCCAUGCCCACAAUCAAAUUUUUUGCAGAGAGCUUCGAGAGAUGAACUUGAAGCAGCAUUAGACAAAGCAUCAAUGCCCAACAAAACUGUAAUCAUCGCCGUCGUGAAUAAAGCUUACGUAGAACCACACGACGACACGAGUCCGGCGAUGUUUGAUCUCUUUAUUCAGAGUUUUUGGCUUGGAGAAGGCACGAGAUCAUUGCUUGAUCAUCUGUUACUCGUCGCCGUCGAUCAAACGGCGUACGACCGGUGCAAGUUCCGACGACUCCACUGUUAUAGAUUGGCGACGGAAGGUGUGGAUUUCACUGGAGAGAAGCUUUACUUGUCUGAUGAUUUUAUCAAGAUGAUGUGGAGAAGAACUCGGUUCCUUCUAGAUGUGCUUAACCGUGGCUAUAACUUCAUCUUUACGGAUACUGAUGUAAUGUGGCUAAGAAACCCAUUACAAAGGCUAAGCAAGAACGAAAGUGAUGAUCUACAACUAAGUACAGAUUGGUUCAAAGGCAAUCCAUGGUCGAAAAUGACAUCUAUCAACACUGGCUUCUACUACAUCAGAUCAAACACCAAGACCAUCGCGUUAUUCAAGAGAUGGUACGGGAUGAAGGAUAAUUCUGCAGGGAUGAAAGAGCAGGAUGUGUUGGUGACUCUGAUACGUAAGGGCGUGUGUCGGGAACUUGGCGUUGAGGUAAGGUUGCUCGACACUGUUUACUUCAGUGGGUUCUGCAGUGUGAGUGAAGAUAUUAGAGUAGUGGCUACUGUACAUGCCAACUGUUGCCGAGGUAUAAGUGCCAAGGUUGCUGAUCUUAUGGCAGUUCUUCAUGAUUGGAAGACGUUCAAAGAGUCUGCUGAUCAUGAAAAUGCAAUGAAUUGUCCUAAUGGUACUGUGGCAUUUCAAUGGUCCAAGUUUGGUGCGUGUAUUAAUUCAUGGAAAGUCUCCAAAUGAUUCUUUGGAGUAUUGACCAAAAUAAAAACUUUGGGUGUAGAAUAAUAAAUAAAAGAAACUUGGG